GGGGGGCAAACCAAAGUUGCCCUCGAGGAUGAUCCUCGCGAGCGAGCUGCGUCCGGUUACCGUCAAGACCCGGAAAGAACUCAGCAAAGCCCUGGUGGAGAGGCUUUUCGGGCGAGUCUGGGACGACGACUCUGCCGACCCCUCCCCGUUCCGCGACGCCGCCGUGCUUCUGACGCCACCAUUCAACACCGGCAAGUACCUGGAAGCCCUCCGACUGAGUGCUGCAGACGCGGAGUACCUUUCCAUCGGUAAAAAGGGCUUGGCUCCCACUAUGGACAGCGAGGUGACGGCGAAGCUCGACGGUUGCUGGGCGGACAUCAAGAGGAGGGCUUGGGAAGCUGCGCGAGAGAGGAACCGCCGGUCUGAAUCGCUUGACGACGGCGUUCAGCCACUUCACAAACGAUUCCGCGGCGAGAGCUCUACUUCAAGCGCCACCAGAAAGAGCAGGUUUUCUCUCUUCGGGCGGGGAGAUGCCCGCAGCAGCACUGAUGACAUGGCGGACGAGGAUAGUGAAGACAGGAAGCUGGGUGAGGUCGUAGCAGGAGAGCUCGAGCACUACAAAUCGCUCUUCAUCAAGGCAGACGAGUUGGACUGCCGGGAGGUGCUCCCAUGGUGGAAGCGCACAGGCAAGAACAUUUUCCCGCACCUUGCACCAGUCGCACAGCAGGUGUUCGGGAACCAGGCGGCGGUGUCGCAGGUCGAGCGCGACUUCAGCGGCGUUGGCAUUCUUCUCGCACCAAACAGGAGCCGCAUGGACACCUAUUGGGUGGAGAUCGUCAUGUUCCUCAAUGCUAACUUCGCCCACAUUCCCCCGCUGAAGCAAAUCCCCAUGGUCGCAGCAAAGAAUAUUCGCUCGUGUCUGCCGGCGCGGUUCCACGGGCGGGAUGCUGACCUGAUGGCCGCUGAAGCCAUCUUCGACGUGUUGAUGAACACGGCGCCCCCCUCCGUGAAUGACAUCGACUUGUAGGGCUGAAUGAUUCGGGUUUCUUUCUGUAGCAAGUUGUGGCCAAUCAGGCAAGUGCAAUCAGGACUCGUCCGUCGGCAGAGGCAAACUAUGUUCGUUUCCAGCCAUAGCUCAUAUUGUCGACACCGUUGGCUGUUGUUGCGUGUUGCAGCUUACUCGAGUGAGGAGACUUUCGCUCCUAGUUUGUGUUUGUCGGCAGUGGUUGGGUGGCACUCGUCAAACAAGUGCGUGAGCGUACGAUGUGUUGGUGUUUCGUUAUUGGUUCUCGUGAGCACGUGUCCUUGCAGCACCUCAUGUGGCCAACCUGUGAGCACGACAGGAAAGAAGUUGGAUGGAAUAAUAAUCAUUGGCAGUGACAAGCAGUAAGUAUGUUGCCAAUAGCGUAUUUUUAACCAUAUGAAGUAGCAGCGUUGCCAACGUACCCGGUAUUAUAUGUGAGCUUUUUUGU